CCCCUUCUUUGCCCCGCCACCGCGGUAGCCGCUUUCCACCGUGGGGCGGGGCCCGAACUGGGGGCGGGGCGCCGGGCGGGCGCGGCGCUAUUUCCAGCCUCGCCGGAGGCUUCGCUCGCACUUCGCUGGGAGCCUUUCUGGUGCUGGCUCUGGAGCCAGGUCUGGUGGCACCGUGAGGAGGAGACAGGACCGGGCGGUGGCAGAGACAGGGGACGCAACCAGUGCGGGGGACCCAAUAGGAGCACGCCGCCGCAACCUCUCCCGCGCGCUCCGGCCGCCGACUCUACGCCAAUCGCCCACUCCCGGCACCUAGGACUACAAGAAGAAAGAGACGCAGCCCGGCCCGGGCGGAGAUCCUCCUUGCUUCCCAAGCGCCGCGAGGAGGAUUCUCCCGCCGUCAAAAACCUCGCCGGACAGGAGAAACCCGUGGCCUGGAAAGCACCGGCCGCGCCAGACCCCAGCCUGAUGGAUGUCUGGUGCAGAUAAUGAGGAAAGAACGUGCCUUUUACACCCAAGAGGUGAUCCCGGAGCGUGCCCCGGAUGACCCCACGACCUGGAACAAUGCGGCUAGCCUGCAUGUUCUCAUCCAUCCUGCUGUUUGGAGCUGCGGGCCUCCUCCUCUUCAUCAGCCUACAGGACCCUGUAGAGCUCACCCCGCAGCAGAUUCCAGGCAUGAAGUUCAGCAUCCGGCCCCAGCAUGAUGGCCACUUGAGGAUACCCACAGAAAGGGUCACACACAGUUUACCUAGCGGAUCCCCAAGAGGCCUCCAACUGCAGGUGCCCGACCAGCCUCGACCUCACCGGAAGGCGAAGGCGGCGGGGUCUCCUUCGCGACUCCGGCAGCGCAGGAGGAGACUGCUCAUCAAAAAGAUGCCAGUUGCAGGGACCAACCGAGGCAACAACUCGUCUGAGACCUUUGUCCAGCCGAGACCCCACACCAUGGACAGUCGCUGGAUCAGCCUGCACCAGAGCCAGCAGGAGCGCAAACGUGUGAUGCAAGAAGCCUGUGCCAAGUACAGGGCCAGCAGCAGCCGCAGAGCGGUCACUCCGCGCCACGUGUCCCGCAUCUUCGUGGAGGACCGCCACCGCGUGCUGUACUGCGAGGUGCCCAAGGCAGGAUGCUCCAACUGGAAGCGAGUGCUUAUGGUUCUUGCGGGGCUGGCCUCAUCCACCGCCGAUAUACAACACAACACUGUUCACUAUGGCAGCGCCCUCAAGCGCCUGGAUACUUUCGACCGACAGGGCAUCAUACACCGUCUCAGUACCUACACCAAGAUGCUCUUUGUCCGGGAACCCUUUGAGAGGCUGGUCUCUGCCUUUCGAGACAAGUUUGAGCAUCCCAACAGCUACUAUCACCCUGUCUUUGGCAAGGCUAUCCUGGCCCGAUAUCGGGCCAAUGCCUCGCGGGAGGCACUGCGGACUGGCUCCGGUGUGCAGUUCCCGGAGUUCAUCCAGUACCUGCUGGAUGUCCACCGGCCCGUGGGCAUGGACAUCCACUGGGACCACGUUAGCCGGCUGUGCAGCCCCUGCCUCAUCGACUAUGACUUCGUGGGCAAGUUCGAGAGCAUGGAGGACGAUGCCAACUUCUUCCUACAUCUCAUUCAGGCGCCUGGAAACCUGACCUUCCCGAGGUUCAAGGAUAGGCACUCUCAGGAGGCUCGGACCACGGCGAGAAUCACCCAUCAGUACUUCGCUCAGCUCUCCUCCCUGCAGCGACAGCGUACCUAUGACUUCUACUACAUGGAUUACCUGAUGUUCAACUACUCCAAGCCUUUCUCGGACCUGUACUGAAGGGUGAGGCCUGCUGGUCAGGGGAGGGCUUUGCCUUCCCACUCACCCGUGCGUAGGCACGCCCUAGUCUCUAGGAGCUGAGGUAGACUGUGGGUCUCAGAGGAUGUGAGGUGUGGUGGCCGGCCCUAGGUGGGGGGACAGAGGCCCAGACAUUGGACCUUGACUCUUUUCCCAUACCCAUUUCCUUAUUGAGUUGGCUGAGCUUGAUAACAUGGAUGCUCCAAGAGCUCAGCCAAGAUGCUGACCAGGGAAACCCGAGGGCCCCAGUGGUAAGGAUGUCCUGCCUUCCCUUAGCCUUUGCCUUGUACCAAACCACGUGGUUUGCUGCUUUUCUAUGACCCAGGGGGAGGCCGGAAUAAAGCACAUGGUUUU